AUGUCAUUUCCGAAAAAUAGAAGCGUAAGUGUUUCAAAAGGUUUAAUGGCGGUGGCAGAUGUGAAGUUAAAUUCACCAACUCAAACAAACAGUCAAAGUGUUGUUGUCAAUGUCAAAGACAGAGAUGUUGAAGUGGGGAAACCAUACGAAGACGAAGAUGGUAUAACAAUUGUUCCUGUAAAAGAACCAACAUAUCCUGAAGUUAACAGAGACUUAAGUUCUGUUGCAGAUAUUCGAAACGACUACCAACAACUGAAAGACAAACUUCAAACUCAGGAGAAGAUUUGUCAAGCUUUAAGUAUAAUGUUAAACUUGGUCGAACACAACCCUGUAAAAGUGAACUCAUAUGUCAUUGCACCUCAUGAAGUUUUGAAAGAACUAUUGAAACUUUUGACAGAGGCAGACGAUAUAAACAUCAAAGAAAUAGAACCCGACAUUAGUUGCUGUGGU